AUGAGUUAACAGCAGGAGUUAUCUUCAAGCUUCAAGAAAAAGUAGUUCAAAGAGGAUCUGGAUGAUGAACAGGUAAACUCAGUCGGAGGAAGUCUAAAUCUUGAGAUAUAAAAGAUAUACGACAGUCAAAUGCAGAAUAACAGAUACAGGGCUGGCUCCAAUCUAGGCAUAAGUGAUAAAUAGAGCAUGAUCAAGGAUAAAAUCAAAAUUGUUUAAGAGCAGAUUGAUAGUGAUGAAGAAGAAGAUGAGAUAGACUAGGAGAACUAGAAGGAUUUAAGAAAGUACGAAUCCCAGAAGAACCUGCAUAGUAGCGGCAAUCUUGAUUCCAAUCAAUUCUACGUUGUUAAGAAUAGAGGCUCAGUUAAAAAUCUUUAGCAGAUCAAAGCCUAUACAGGAGGUAACAAUGCUUUGCAUAUCAACAAAAGAAGAUUAAUGUCAGCUAAGAGACCAAAUAAUGCUACUAAUUCUGGCCAUGCCCAAACCAGUAAAGUCCUUGAGUAGUAUAAUGCAGAGGAUAUAAUGUUGCAAAAUGCCUUAGGCAUCGCUGGAAGUAAAACUUUUUAAAACCCCUCUCAAAUUAGAAAUGCUAUUUAAAGUGUUAAGAACAAUCAAAAGAUUUUAUUUGAGAAGGCCGCAUUAGCUAAUGGAUAGUACUCCAAGGUUAAAUCACAAAAGCGUUAACUAUAGUUUUAUGAGAAGGAGUAAUUAUAAGAGGAAUGCCUCACCCUUAAAGAUCAGAUCAAUGACUGCAAGGAAUAUAACAUUAUAUUGAGGAAUCAAAAGCAGUUUCUUUAGACAGAGAUACAAAAACGUGAUAAAAUCAUAGAGAAUCUAAACUAGGCUUUAUUCUAAUCGUAAAUGUAGCUUAGAUAAGCAACAAAUGGCAGUGUGGUUUCUAAUAACAUGGGUUCAAGUUUUAAUAAAUCUGCACUUUUCAGUCCUAAUCUAGCAUUGAACUUGAAAAGAUAGAUAUAAGAUCUUCAAGGACAAAUGGAGAUGAAGGAUUAAGAACUUGAUUACACUAGAAAAAAGAUCAAAUUCACUAAAAUAGCUGAGCUUGAGAUAGAACUAGAAACUCAUAAGGAGCAUGCUAUGAGACUUAGUUAGAUUGUUAAUUACCAGUAGAAGAAAUUACUUGAGAAACAAUCUACAAUAGAUAACAAUCUCACUAGUUAAGUUAAAAAUACCCAAGGAGAUUCUAAUGGGCAUUAGCAAUAAGAAAAAACAAGCGCUAGAAAAUUAAAUAGAAUCAACUCUGCUAAGGAAAGAUUUAUCUCCCCUUCCUCAGUUUCAUUAUUCAAUGGAUAAAGCUCUAUUUUCAGAAACAAUGACUCUUAGACUAGGAUAGCUACAGAUUUGACAUUGAGAGUUCAAAAGCAAGAUGAUUUAAUUAAACGUCUUAAGGCCUAAUUAGAGGUAUAAAAGCGGUUAGUUUCUGACAAGAAAGUAGAAAACGAUGCAAUUAGAAGAAAUCAGAGCGAAUAAAUGGACAAUACUCGAAAACUUAUCGAAACUCUAAGUAUUAAUAACUUGAGAUCAUCAAUCUAGGACCUUUAAAGUUAAAUAGUAAAGAGUUAAACCACUUCUCCAAGCAAGUUAGAUGAAGAAAAUAGGUCACCAAGAAGAGACAUUGAGAAAGAAUAAGAAGUAAUGAAUCAAAAGCUCAGUUAACAUAUUUCUGAAAAAUAUGAACUAAUUAUUUAAUAGCUCCAAAAGGAAAAUGAGCUCCUCAAAAGAAACGAAGACAUUAAUAAUCAGGAAAGAGUGAGAAUGCUAGAACUGGAAAAAAAUCUAAAGAAUCAAUUUGCUGAUAUCAAGUCUAAAUUAGAUAAGUUCUAAAGCAGUCAAAACACAAAGGAUAAAAGCUCUGAUAAGGUCAAAGAAUAGUUGAUUGACAAUUAAAAGCAUCAAAUAGCUAAGUUAGAACAAGAGAAUGCUGAACUCAAGAAGGAUAAAGAUAAAUUCUAAAAGUUUAUAGAUGGUAAGGACAAGAAAAUAGAAGAGUAGGAAAAUAAGCUAAAGAUAGCUAUCCAGUAAGUAGAAGAUUUGAAAUCAGAAAUAUAAAGAAUACAGUCCUUACAAGAGUAAAAUCCAAAUAACUAAUAGCUGAAGGUUGAAGAUCCAAAUAAAAAACCUAAGAAAAGAGUUAGCAUUCAAGAAUAAGCUAGUUCAAAGUAGAUAGACGAUCUAUAGAAGCAUGACUUCAAAGGGUAAUCUUCACUGAAGAAGAAGUCUACCUCUGAGAGUACUGGCGCAGGAAUGAAUAAACAAGGUACAGCUGGCUCUACAAGCAAGCAGCCAAUAUAGUUAGGAUCUCUUUUCACUAUUAUGUCAAGAGAUGAUGAUGAGCAAGAUAAUAAAAGUGACGAUUACUCAAAAGACCAAGAUGAACUUAAGCAAGAAAAAGAGAAAAUCUAACCUUUGCCUAAGAUCGACUCAGAUGAUGAUGACGACUUCAAAGCUAAUAGUAAUAAGUUGAAUGCCGAAGAAGGUAUCCUUAAGAUUGCAUUCUAUCUCUAAAAGAAUGGUCUUUCUUUGAGAAACGUAUUCUAAGACUAUGUGUUUGAUGACAGCAUUGAUGAUAAGGAGUUUGAACUGAUAGCUAUUAGAGAGUUUAGUGACCUUGUCAAGACUACUAUGAGUCUUGAGGAGAAGCAUGUGUAGGCAAUUAGUAUAAUGCUUGCUGAUCACUUCAUAGGAGACUCUUUUAACUUCCAAUUCUUUGAAGAGAUUUUCAAGCAGAUGGGGUUCGUUGCUAAGGAAGAAAAGUUGUAGGCACUCGAUAAUAAGUCUAAGAGAAUACUAAAUCGUCUAAGUGGCACUCUUAAAGCUAAGAACAAUACCAGUCUUAAGGAUCUAUUUUCAGAUUCCAUUUAAAUCCAGAAAGUCAAAAUUAAAGAUAAGGGAUUAGUUGAUGUAAGUAAACUUCCAAGAUCCAUCAUCAUUAAUGAUUUCAUAUAGGUUGAGGUGAUUGAGUCUAAGAUUUUCUUCUAGAAGAUCCAAAAGAUAGGAGUGAGAAUAUCUGAUGAACCAUAUCCUAACUUACAAGAGAACUUUAUCAUUCAUAAGAAUAUGCCUAAUUUGCUGGUGCUUAAGAAAAUCUAAAAUAUUAUUGAUGAUAUGGAUAAGUCGAACACUGUGUAAAGAUGUGGAACAAUUGUAAGUAAUUCAACUCUAAUGUCAAUUUUAUAGAAACGUAAAUAAUCUAAUGCCAAAAUGGACAGCUUAGCUUAAGAUGCCAAAUCCAAAAGUCUUAGGAAAUCUAAAACAACAGUCAUUGGGUAAAAUAAAAUGCCUUUGAGUCCAAUAAAAUCAUAAAGCGAUGAUGAAUCUGGCAGUUCUUUUGAGUUUAACUAGGGUGCAGCUAAUGCUGAAUAAGCCUAAGAAGAAGCUAAGACCCAGAAAAUAACUACUGACUCUCAAAAGCAUGCUGUCUCUAAAUAAGAGAGCGAUUUAGCUAUUAGGAAACAGGGCACUCUCAAGAAUAAUUUAAUGCUGCAAGAGUAAAUAGACGAGAAUUUUUCACUUGGAACUUCCAAAAGCCCUCUUUACGAGUCUGAUUAUCAAAGAAUAUGA